AUUAUUUUUAUUAAUACAUAAUCGGAGACUAAAAACUUCCGAAAUGAUAUAUUCCAAUUGACGGUGCUUAUGUAACAAGCACGAACACAGGAAAUAAAUUUAUUUGCACAUCGAUCACCUCGUACGGAUUACUGUCAAAGCUUUUCGCUCAAAUCAUUGUAUGUAUCAUGACGACAGCGACAGAAGCGAGUAAAAUGCUUGAGGCAGCAUUGCAACAGAUGGAUGGCAUAAUAUCCAAUUCGGCGACUGCAACUGUGAGUAGUCAGUCGCAGACUCAGCCAGGAACUGCAACUACUGCUGCGUUGACAAGCUUUUGUGAGCGUAAUUUAAUUUCGGCAACCAAUGUCUUAUCGACAGCUAAAACCCUGGCUUUGGCACUGCAACAGGUUGGUUUAGCAGCGCCAGCUCCAGAUCCAGUUACUGCAGCAAUCAUAAGCGAUUGGCUGGAAACGCAUAUACCGCGUCAAGACUCAGAUGAACGAAUGCGUAGAUUGCAGCGCGACAAGGAAGGAUUGGCUCUACAAUAUCAGAUGCUGGCGGAACGUGUUUCCGAGCAAGCAGACAGAAUCAUUGAAUUGGAAGGACUUUUAACGGAGAAAUCGCAGCAGCUCUGCAGCAAAGAAGAGCAACUGCAGCGCCAAGUGAUUUCGCAAUCGGCCUUAGAAACACAGCAGCUUGAAUUAAUGACUGCUUUAAGCGAGUUGAAACUGCAUCGCACGGCACUUGAGUGUGAAAACGAGCUGAAUGCCACAAAUUGCAAUAUGCCCUAUGGCAGCAUGGGUAAUCUAAACCAAAAGGCCACCCCAGAUGGUCGUUUAGCUCUCAAAACUCCGCCAUCAGUCUUGCGGCAUCAGAUUAAACCACAAUUUCACAGCUUGCCACGAUCACAUGGUGGUGCCACAAAGCAAGUGCAGCGCUUGCAGUCAAGCACUAACAAUAAUAAUAACCAGACCCUUGAUGUGAAUGCCAACAGUAGUGGAAAACAACGAAAUGUGGCGUUUGCCUCUAACGAACAAAUUCUUAUCGACGACAGUUUGCUGAACGAUAGUAUUAGCCCAACUGAUGACGCAAUGUCUAUGUACUCAAGUUUUCGAUCCCAGACGCAAUCCACACCCUCGCCAAAAUUACGCGAGCGUUCCGCGCGUGGAUUGCGCAGCAUAUUAGGAAAAUUGCGGCGGAGUAAUAGCAGCAACUGUGAACUGACUGCUUUGGAAAAGGCCGAGCCAGACGAAUUUCGUCGAGGUGGCUCGCGUGCAACUGCAGGCGGCCGCAUUGAAUGGAGUGCCCAGACUCCAUUGUUCACCGAUGCUGAAAAACAUUAUAGCAGCUGGAACGCCCAGGAAGUUUGCAACUGGUUGGCGCACAUGGGUCUUGGAUGUUACCAGGACAACUGUAGAAAAUGGCUGAAAAGCGAUCCGUCGGUUUGUUUCUUCACCGCAUCCCCGAUCGAUAUCGAACGUGAACUUCAUUUGAAAUCGGUACUGCAUCGGAAGAAAAUUAUGUUGGCCAUUGAUGACAUAACAAAGAGGGAGUUUGAUGAGCUGACAAUAAAGGCUGCGAAAUUGGAUGUGGGCUGGGUGCUGCGCUGGUUAGAUGACAUUGGUUUGCCUCAAUACAAGGAUUAUUUUUUGCAAGCGAAGGUCGAUGGGCGCAUGCUGCAUCGGUUAACGCUCGAGGAUCUUUCCCAAUUGCAUGUGAGCUCAUGCCUGCACAUUGCUUCAUUGCGAUGUGGUAUUUUGUGCAUGCGCCGCUUGCGCUGGGACCCUGAAGGUCUGAUUCGUCGCUCCACCAGGAUUGUUGAACAGAGCGACGAAGCUAAUAGUCCAGAAAAGGAAAGUGUUGAUUUAUGGACCGCCCACCGAGUAAUGGAAUGGCUAAAAACCAUAGAUUUGUCUGAAUAUGCUCCAAAUCUACGCGGAGCUGGUGUCCACGGAGCACUGAUGCUUUAUGAGGAAAAAUUCAACGCCGACUUAUUAGCUGAUUUACUUUCGAUACCGCCGAGUAAAUCCCUGCUACGACGCCACUUGGCAAUGCAUUUUAAGGAGUUAGUUGGGCGUACCGUAAUACAUUGCAAACGCGAUGCCGAAGCUGCGCCCGGCUAUCUACCGCUGACGAUUACAGCCAAACUGAAACCGCCAAAGCGAUCACAGUUUACACUAAAACGUCGCAAAAGUGCAAAGGGACAAGCUGAGGUCGAUUGGACAGAUUUAGUAUGCCCGAUGAACAUGGUUGUCCCUGCCAUGUCCUUCAACGUAGAGGCGAGCAAAGAUCACGAUGGCUCUUUGAGCUCUCAUUAAUCAACCCCUAAGAGCAUAGCAAGAAGUAUACUUACGAGUAACGUAUUGUUAAUUUAGUUUUAAAA